GAGAGAGAGAGAGGAGAGGCAUGCUGUAGUGCAGAGGUUCCUCUAGUGUGGCAAGCCUCCAUCUCAGCUGUAUUCUCUUACAGGAGUCAGUACAUAACAGAGAAUAAAUUACAGCAGCCCGAGUGCAUGUUGUGUUGCAGCGAGCGCCGUCGCGGUGUUUCUCCCCCUCUGGCAACAACUGGCUGAACGGCAGCAGCGUGGUGGGGUCUGAGGGAGCAGAAGCAUCUCGCGUGGACGAGGGGAGCAGAGCAGGAACGCACGCUGAGAGCGGGGACGCGCAGGCAGCCGAGGCUGCGACGCCGGAUGUCUUUUCCCAAUCUGAGCUCCGAGAGGCAGCCGGACGGUGGGAGACCAGGGUGCGAGCGUCCUCAGUAGCCGGUGCAGGAGAACGCGGGCAGAGUUGACGGUGGAAGGACACAGGAUGAUCUUGGGCAGCGUGAACAGGCCGGGGCCGGUCCCCGCCUUCCUCAGGAGCCCGCCCGUCAUCCCGCCGCCGCCCCUGGACAUGAAGCCCUUCCUCCAGUUCCCCCUGGAGUCGCCGCACGCAGCCAACAUCAGCCUCUUCCACAACUUCAAUGCGAUGGACCCGGUCCAGAAGGCUGUGAUGACGCACACCUUCGGACCGCCCAUGGUGAAGACAAAGCGGCCAAUCAUCUCCUGCAAUGUCUGCCAGAUACGCUUCAACUCGGAGAGUCAGGCAGAAGCGCACUACAAGGGGAACCGGCACGCCAGGAGGGUGAAAGGGCUGGAGACGUCCAAGACAGCUCGUCUCCAGGAUGGAGACAGGCAGCACCCUCCCCCCGCCGCCUCACCCUCGCCUCCGGCUCCCGCGCCGCCCGCCCCCGAGCCCGACGCCGUCAGGCGGGAUGCCUGCGACGAGCUGCCGCCGGCUCCCGACCGCCCCGCGGCGGCCGCGCCGAGCUCGGCGGACGCGGAGGCGUCGCCGCCGGCGUGCCCCUCCCCCCCCGCCGCCCGCAGCACGUCCCCCGCGGACCCGGACACGCCGUCCCCGGCGGCCAGCCUGUCCUCGGGGGAGUCCGAAGAGGAGAAGGCCAAGAAGCUUCUCUACUGCUCCUUGUGCAAAGUCGCUGUGAAUUCCCUGUCACAACUGGAGGCGCACAACAAAGGUACCAAACACAAAACCAUUCUGGAGGCUCGAAGCGGACUGGGGCCCAUCAAAGCGUACCCGCGCCUAGGUCCCAAGCCCGGUCCGGAGCAGGGGGGGGAGCCGUCCUCCGACCCCAACACUCAGGAGCGCACCUUCCACUGUGAGAUCUGCAACGUCAGAGUCAACUCCGAGCUGCAGCUGAAACAGCAUAUAUCAAGCCGGAGGCACCGCGACGGCGUCGCAGGGAAACCCAAUCCUCUUCUCAGUCGGCACAAGAAGCGCACAGACUUCAUGGAACUCCCCAAAACUCUGGGCGCCGGACUUUUACCGAACCCCCUGGCUGUCGCCGCGGCGAUGGCUGCGGCGGCGUCCUCCAGUCAGCUGGCCCUCCGCGCCCCCCACCCCCACCCCCACCACCACCUCCUGCAGGGAUCGGCCCUCGGCCUGCUCCGGCCGGCCCCGGGGCCCAUGCGCACCGCACACGGGCCCAUCCUCUUCACCCCCUACUGACGGGCGCCGGGCGACGGGGGGACGAGCGCGAGGCACACUGUGAAGCGUGAGGCGGGAGGGGGGGGGCUCGCGACCAUGUGCCGUCCAGAGCCAGAGCGGCCGGUGCGGCUGCAUUCGAGUGGAGACGCUGGACCCAAACGUGACUCUUCGUGGUGCAUCCGGUAGUUGCAGAACACUGUAGUUAGAUCACCAGGGAUAACUAGACACAAGUGGCUGAUCUGAGACUUCUCAAAGGAGCAGUUUUCACCCUGCCCAGGUUCACAUAAAUAUUUAAACUCAAAGACUGACUCCACAAAUAGCGUGAAGAGGAGCUCACUCUGUGAACAAGCACGGACCUCUGUAAGCAUCAUCCUGAAACCUUCCUCUCCCCUCCGAUCGGAUCGACUGCAUCCGACCCAGAACCGCGCCUCUGCUGUACUUUAAACGUACGUCUCUGCGAGGAUUCAUUACCUGCUGCACCCAAAGUAUUGUUGUAAUCGCAAAACAUCGCUGUUAGAUAUACAGUAGUAGUAUACUGUUUUAUGGCCUAGAAAAGAAUAAGCUACAGAACACGUGUCUGUCUGCAGUUUCACAGCUCAUAUAGUGAUCUGAGCAGGUGUAGGCUGGAAGCUAAUCCCUACAGACCUGUAGCGACUCUGGUCACCACACACACGGCAGUGACGGGGUUCUGGAACAGCCCAGUAACUACCACUGGCUGACUAUGCAGCUAUUAAUAUUCAUGUAAAUGCUUUCUGUUUGGAGAAAAUCAGAACAGAGCCACAGUGGAAGGGUUUUCCAUUCACCCUGAAAGGCCACACGACGCCCAAAGCCUCACAAAGCACACCGGUCGCCGUCUCAACCGCUUCCACCAGAACCUGAUGGACGGAACCGACCGUCUCCGGUGGCUCGGCGGAGCAGCGAGAGGCCCGUGAGCUCUGCAGGGAGGCUGUUCAUUCCGGUACCACACACUCACCACAAUCCUGCGGAGGGCGUGUGCGCGCAGUUAGGCAAGAGACACCAGCAUUAUAUACAAAAGGAACAGGACCACGUAGACUGUGCGCAACAAGAAAAACACAAGGCACCGUUUCCGGUGGCGUCGCCGGCUCGUAGUGGCGUACGUCUGCCCGCGCUGACCCGAUCCACACACAGCCCCCAGUUAACCCUGUGAAAGGUGUCGCCAUGGACUGUGACACAAGCUUUAGGAAAUGGGAACUGUAGCAAUACUUUGAGCACUCCUGCAAAUCGUCCUUGUUAUCUGCAAUAAAGUAAAAUGUCCACAAACGUAAUACUUGUUGUUUAGGAGAAGUGUGUUGACCCAUUGCUGUAAAUGUAGAUUAUAAAAAAACAGAAACGUUACGUGUUGGGGCUUCCUAAUUGUUCAGUGAAAAAAAAAAUGAUAUAUGAAAUUAUUAAAUUGAAUUCUGGUUGUAAGAA